GUUCACAUCCGCCUUCACGUUGUUCGCUGUUGUCCUAGUAGCAGCAGCUCGAGGCUCACUGAGUUACAAAAACCGCGAAGAAAAGCAACAAUACCUGUUUCAUUCUGGAGGAGCAAUCUUUUCUCUGCACUGAAGUGUCUUUUGAGAUCCAGGCUUGUAUCGAUGGAUUGUCCUUCUGGGGACUUUUUAAAUCGCUUUGUUCCUCUCUUUUCCCACUGAUUUUAAUUUCCGGCAUUUCUAAACCAUGUCCCAGAAACUGACCAAUGUUGAUGCUCAAAAAGGCGUUGCUGUUGGCCGUGUCCAUUUGGUAGCUGCUGAGACUUUAAAAUUUAGCGUGUGUAAGACACACACUGAUCCCUACGGCUCCUCUUCCCAGUCCCAUAGCGGCAUGGCUGGUUUGAUUGGAGGGGAGGGAAAAGACUGGGACACUCAGUUGUCCCAUCGAGCGGGCAGCCACAUUAGCAAUACAAUGAAACUCUUCGCCAGCCUAGGUCUGUCACCAGCUGACCUGGACGCCCUGGCACAGGUUCCAGAGGAGAACAUCAGCGUGGAGACCUUGCCCCAGCUUAUCCUGCAACUGAAGAACCGCAAGAUGGAAGCAGGCCACCACAUGGCUAGCGAACCGUCAAGACUUUCUUCAGAGACUUCCUACAGAGGCAGCCGAGAGGAUUGGGGCGACAUGCAGGUUGGAAGACUGGACCGUUCCAUCGGCCAGAGUCAAAGCCGUUCACAUGGUGACUUUGGUUAUAGUUCCAUGUGCGAUACGUCUGAUCGAGGGUAUGACAUGGUAGAUUAUGGCAGCAGUGGUGGCAGAGAGGGACAAUAUUCUGAGCUUUCCCACGACUCCUACCGCAGCCUUGGCGUGUCCACGUCAUCGGCAUCUGACAACAUGUUCAUGCAGAGAAGAAUGGGCGCCCCGUCCCAGGGAAAAGUGCAAGAUUUCUUGGGAGUCAUGCCCCCUAUGUUUCCCUAUGUGUGUGCCCUUUGUGAUUUUGAUGUUCACUCUGUCAUGGAAUGGACUCGGCACACAACUGGGAUUCGUCAUUCCGAAAACUGCAGAAUCCUUCUGCAAAUGUACCCGGACUGGGAUCCUCACUUGCCCUCGGCUCACAUGGCGACUUCCCUUUCACUGGACACAAAGAGUCGUCAAGAUGGAUUGCUGGGAGCAGCUCCAGUGGGUGCUGGUCUACAAAGAUCAGGGAUGAGCUCCAGCUGGGGGUCUGAUUCCAGUAUGGGAAUGACAAAUAAAAGUUCGUCAUAUGCAGCAGCUCCAAAGAUAAGAAGUAGAGUGGUUGUGGCAAAAUACGACAGGAAACCACUUUCAUCAAACACUCUGUUUGCUUUUGCUAAACCCUUUGGCGCCAUCCGUGAGCAUCUUGUGCUGAAUAACAAGGCUUUCCUUGAGCUGCAGACACAUGAGGAAGCUUUGGCCAUGGCUAAUUACUACCAGCGUAAGCCUGCCAUUUUAAAUGGGAAAGAGAUACGCAUUUAUUUGUCAAAGGAACUGCUGGUAAUAAAGAAAUCUGGAAGACCAGACAGAGGUGCUAGACCUGUGAAGGGAGGAGACAGCCAGAACAAUCUAGCCACUAUGGACCCAGUGGAGGAAUCCACUCUCCGCUCCACCCUGUCUCAGCAGGAAGCUUUACUGGGACGUCAGCAGGAUCAGAUCUCUGCUUCUAACCGGGCUCUGGAGAUGAUGGCGUCGCAGCUCGCCCAGCUCACCUCUGUCGUUCAACAACUCCGGCAGCCUCCCGAUGCCGGUCCCAUCCUAGUGGAUCAACGUCUGGACUUACGUCGCUGCCGUUCUCCACCUACCCGGGCAGCUGACCACCAUACCCAGUCCACAGUUUCAGCCAGGUCACUGGAGUCACGGUCCGACACAGAGCCCAUGCAGGACGGGAGGGCUCGGAUUUCUCAUAAGGAGAAGCGGCGACGCCUCAUUCAAGGACUCUGUUUUUAUUGUGGCCAGUCUGGUCAUGUCAAAGCUUCCUGUCCAGUAAAAGACACCGGUUGUCUGUAGGCAGGGGGUUACUGGUGAGCGCAAAACCCCAGGAUUAUUCACGCUUCUGGCAUCCUUGGGGUGCGUGGGGGGGUGUACGCUCACGGUUCCGGUGAGUUCGUUGGUCUGUUCUGUUUGUUUUGUUAUUUCUCUCCCUCAUGUUUGUCAGAUGAUGUCGGUAUGCGUGAUCACCGUUUCCAUGCCACUAAUUAGCGUGCUUGCAGUACCUGUUUCUCCACUGAUUCACUGCCCAUUUAAUCGCUUCGUUGUGUCAUGUUCUUUACUAGAUUUUUGUUUGGUGUUAAAGUAACUCACCUCGCUCUCUCUGCCUAGUUGGUCCUGUCUCGUGUAUCUGUUUUGGUUGCCCGUCUCUGCCCGCGUGUCGGGAGUGUGGUUACCUUCCAGUUUACUGUGCACUUGUUCUCUGCACCCACAACUCUUCAACGGAGGAUUCCUCAUGGAUCUGCUCUUGACUACCACGAUGCAUACACUCGCCUGCAAACACACUCUUCAUGGAGGAUUCCUCAGAGAUCUGCUCACUGCCCGGCCACGGUGCAGUGACGAACACGCCUCUCACCUUCUUACUGCAGUCAGUGUCUGGUUCUCCACGCUUCACCAGCCCAGUUGUUGUUAUAAUUUACUGUUAAUAAAUUCUUUGAACUGUU